AAUGAUUAUGAAGAAUUUGAAGGUAACAGUGAUGAUGUAAAAGAUGCAAUGACAGCUAAUACAACUGAUGACUUGUGCAAGAUAUGUGACGGUAGAAUAGAAUGUGCACCAACUGCUAUACUUCUAAUUUCUUUAGUGCAUACAUUAUACGGUCAUAUUGGGAAUGAGCCUGAUUACUUUGGUAAUAACAAAGCUGAAUUAACUAGAAAAGAGAAAAGUAGAGAAGAAGUAUAUACAGAAUCUAAAUUUAGACCUUAUGCAUAUUUUGAUAACAUUAAUAAGGAGGAAAGAAGGGAAAGAGUGGUUGAGGAGAAUUAUGAAAGAAUAGACGUUGAUUACGACUUUAUUAUCGUUGGUGGUGGAACCGCUGGUUGUGUAGUUGCCAGUAGACUGUCGGAAAAUAGAAAGUGGAAGAUACUACUGGUUGAAGCUGGGCCGGAAGAACCUAAAAUGGCACUAAUUCCAGGUCUAACUAGCGAAUUUAAAGGAUCUGCCUUAGAUUGGCAAUAUAGCAUGCGACCAAAGAAAGGGUUUUGUCAAAAUCGGGCUGAGAAAGGGUGUGAAGUUGUCCAAGGCAGAGUACUUGGAGGCACAUCUUCCAUCAACGAUAUGGCAUACAUGAGAGGCAGUCCUGCAGACUAUGAUGAAUGGGCCUUAAAUGGCAAUGAAGGGUGGGCUUUUAGUCAAAUUCUUCCCUAUUUCAAGUAUUCAGAAGGGAAUUAUGAUAAAGACAUUUUUAAGAACAAAAUAUAUCAUUCGACACAAGGACCGUUAGAUGUGGGAAGAUAUCCGUAUGUUGAUGAUAAUGUAGAUGUACUACUUAGUGCUUUUAAUGAACUAGGAUAUAAUUAUACAGAUAUUAAUGGUAGAAAUCAAUUGGGAUUUAUGAGAAUUCAGACUAUGUCAUAUUUUGGUGAAAGAGUUAGUGCAUCCACAGCUUUUCUUGAACCCAUUAAGAAAAUGCGGUCGAAUCUGGAAAUAGUUUCAGAAGCAUUAGUGACUAACAUUUUGUUACAAGAAGCCAGAGAUAGUGUCAAAGCUUUAGGUAUAGAUUAUAUAAAAAAUGGUACAAAAUUUAGAGCGAGAGCUAUUAAGGAAGUAAUAUUGUGUGCUGGUGCAAUAAAUUCACCAAAAUUAUUAAUGCAAUCUGGUAUAGGACCUAGAGAUUAUUUAGAAUAUUUAAAUAUUAAAACUUAUAGCGAUUUGCCUGUUGGAGCAAACUUUCAAGAUCAUCUAUCAGUAUGUUUGCCGGUCAUAAAAUUAACCAAAACAGCAACAACAUUCAAGUUUCCUGAGAAGCUUAAGGAUAUUACAACAUAUUACACAAAAGGCGUUGGGCCCUUAUCUGCAAAUUUUCAAGUAAUCGCAUUUCUUGAAAGUAGUGUUUCUGACAUUUUGAGUACGCCUGAUAUUGAAAUAAGAUUCAAAGGUCAUAAUUCCAACAUGUAUUAUGAUAAGAUAGAUAUGUGUGUUUCUCUAUUAACACCAAGGAGCCGUGGUCAAGUAAUCCUAAAUGCAACAGAUGCUAUAUUUGGUAAACCGUUAAUUUAUCCAAAUUUUCUCAAAGAUCCGAGUGACGAAAAAAAAAUUUUAGAAGGAAUACAUGAGGUUGUUAAACUAUUUGAUACAGAAGUAUUCAAGACAGCAGAUUUUGAAUUCGAUCCACGACCCAUUCUCAACAAUGAAUGUAAAAACUAUGAAAAAGUUUCUAACGAUUUCUGGUCUUGCAUAAUCAGGCAUUUUUCGAGUCCUCUACAUAAUUAUGCAGGAACUUGUAAAAUGGGUCCAUCUAAAGAUUCAGAAUCAGUAGUGGAUAAUAAUUUAAGGGUUUAUGGUGUAUUUAAUUUACGCGUAGUAGAUGCAUCAAUCAUGCCAAAAAUAACAAGAGGAUCCACGGCUGCGCCUGUAAUAAUGAUCGCUGAAAAAGCUAGUGAUUUAAUAAAAACAACUUGGUAUUAA